AUGGCUUCCCACCGCAUGCACUUCACUCCACCUGUGAAUGAAACUCGGCCUGAUCCUGUUGCAACAACAGGUGAGUCCCAUUCACUUCAAAUGCAAGAAGCUCGUCGAGAAUGGUGGGGUAAUUUUGUCCCCAUAGCCGAUUGGGUGCCUCUGAAAAUGAACAAAUCCAAAUUUGAUGGAAUGAAAAUACAAAAGUAUCACAUUUCACCUGAGAUAGACCAACCAGGAGACCCUGCAUGCCUGUAUGAUAGGGCAUUUGCCAGUGCAAAUGAUACCAUCAGUGAACUCACAGCCAUGUUUCAAAAUGAAUGGGUCAGCAAUAGACGGGCUGCCAACGCCGAUAUGGAUGUGAGCUAUGACCUCGGGUGGCAUACUGCACCCAAAGCGGGCAUUGAUUCAGGUGAGAUGACUGGACAGUCCAUUGGAGUUGACCCUGAGGCCAGUUAUGACCUUGGGUGGAAUUCUGCACCCGAUGCAGGUGACUUGACACCUGGAGAGUCUUUAGAAGUCAACCUUGAGGCUACUUAUGACCUUGGGUGGGAUUCUGCACCCACUUUGCAUUCUGAUUUACCACCCGAAACCACGCAACCAUUGAGAGGAGGCCUCUUGCCCGAUGGGGCUGGAGCUGAGGCAGACUUGACAGGGUUUGGCAGGAUGGACGAGCAGUACAAGAAGCAGGACCAAUCUUGCGACCAGAAUUCUGCUUCACCCGAGGUUUCUCUCCCACCCAAGGUUUCUUUGCCGGAGGUUUUACAUUCUCCUCAGGUUCUUCAACUUGUGAAUAUUCUGACGAGUCUUUGA